CGCUGAUUGGUCAAACUGCGCACUGUGGCUACUUAAUAUUCAUGAGAUCACGCUUCGCCGUAGUAGGAUUGGUCAAUCCGUUUUCCGUUCAUUUUAAUCGCGUGGCAGCGCGCCCAAAGUGAGAGUGACGUACUAAUGCAUCGGCAUUCAGCGCGGAGGCGAGCAGCUGUCAAAUUACUAUUGAUCAAGAUCUGAUCAACCGAACGCUCAACAAUGAGACACUGAAGUCGCCAAUCCUCAGGUUUGUAUGGCUGCAGAGGAGAACGAGAGUUCUGGGCUCUCCAGACAGAACUCGGAGGCCUCGAGAUCCUGGGAUCUUGACAGCAGAACACUGCGCUUCGUGAGCCGGCUAGAGCAGCAGUUCAUCUGCCCGUCCUGUGGGGGCAUCGUCCUCAACCCUCACCAGACGGGCUGCGGGCACAUCUUCUGUGCUCAGUGCGUGAAAGCAUACACUGAAAAUGGGGGAAGUUCGAAAUGCCCGUUAGACAGCAUUCCUAUAAAACCCGAGGAGAUCUUCCAAGACAACUGCUGUAAAAGGGAACUGCUGAACUUGGAGGUUUUCUGCACCAACGCGCCAGAAUGCACUCAGAGGUUUUCUUUAUGUAACCUGCAGGAUCAUCUAAAGGCUUGUCCGCAUGAGCGAGUCCGCUGUUCACACUCCGACUGCAGUGACAUUGUGUUACGCAAAAACCUGCUGGAGCAUCAGAGGAACGCCUGCUCCUACCGGCUGGAAACCUGCCAUUACUGCAGGCAGAACUUCCCUGUGUCUCAGAUGAUGGGCCAUCAGAAGUCUUCAUGCCCAGAUGUGGAAGUCCCAUGCUCCAACAACUGCACGCAGAUGAUUAAAAGACACCAGCUGCAAGCACAUGCUGACGAGUGUCUCGAAGUGGAGACCGACUGCGUUUAUAAAAACUACGGCUGCACAGUCAGGGAUAAAAGGGGAAAAGUGCAGGUGCAUGAAAACACAGAGUUCAGUGCACAUGUCCGACUCGUCCUUGAAAGUAACACCAAACUGGAGAAACAGAUGGAGCAGCUGCAGCAGGAUAUGCUGGUCCAGCAGGGGGUGCUGAAGGACAAGAGUCUGGUGGUCAGCAGCCUGGACCGGGACGUCUCCCUCUGUGACAACACACUUACUACAUUACAGAGGUCUGUGGAGGAGCAGAGGGUGCGCAUCUGCAGUGUUCAGCGUGAACUGCGGGAUCUGAGAGUUUUGGGCUCCGAGCUGAAAGAAGAGCUGCCCAGACUUCAGGCCUCGCUGGACUCCCUCCGUCAGCAGGUGGCCGUCACCGAAAGCCUCCGAGAACACCUGGGUGCAUUAGAGCAAACCUGCGAGCGUCACACUCGUCUGCUGGACAUCCACGUGGAGCAGUUGCAGUGUAAUGAGCAGCGUUUGCGGCAGCUGGAGUCCUCCUCCUACGACGGCAAACUGAUCUGGAAAGUUCGAGACUACUGGCACCGCAAAGAGUCCGGGGCGGCGCUCAGCUCCAGCCCCUUUUACACCAGUCGCAGUGGCUACAAGCUCAGCGUCAGGGCGUAUCUGGGCGGAGAUGGCUCGGGACGGGGAUCCCACAUGUCGCUAUACAUCACCAUAAUGCGCGGAGAUUUCGAUUCGUUCUUACCUUGGCCUUUUCGACAGAAUAUCACAUUAACGCUGCUGGAUCAGAGCGGCACCAGAAAUCACAUGAGCCAUACGUUCAUCCCUGACGUCAACAGCGAUAGUUUCCACCGGCCGACAUCUGAUGCUAAUGUAGCCACAGGAUUCACGCGAUUCAUUUCUCACUGCGAUCUGGAGAAUCCUCGCAAUGCGGUGUUUGUCCGAGACGAGACGCUGUUCAUUAAAGUAAAGGUGGACACAAGCGGGUUAGAGGAGUUGUAGAUUUACAGUGAGUGUCCAGACCUGCUCUUUAGGCCUUCAUACUUGAUAUACAACAAAAAAAGCUUCUCUUAUAUUGAUUUUGGUCUCGUUUCUCGUUUAAAUGUCUGUUUAAAUCAAGAAGCAUUUUCAGAUGAGUAAAACAUAUUGGCAACACUUUAGUUUAGGGCACAGUCCAUGGUAUUAACCAACAUCUCUAGCUUAAUUAGCUACUAAUCAUCUGUUUAUUAAUAGUUAGUUAGGUAGAAGUUCAUCAGACCACACUUCUAUUUAUUGUGAAUACAUGGCUUCUAGAGCAGUGUUUCCCAACCCUGUUCCUGCAGGCACACCAACAGUACACAUUUUCAACCUCGUCCCAUUUAGACACACCUGAAUCAACUCAUCAGAAC